CGCCCUUCUUUGAGCUUUGACUACAUCGAGCUUCCGUAGAUGAGAGUGAGAAUGUUUCCAUAGCGACCAUUUCUAGAGGCCGUCUACGGAAUAACUUAGCUUGGACAUAAGGUAACAGGUCAGCAUGUCUUUCAGAGACCUAAGAAAUUUCACAGAGAUGAUGAGGGCCUUGGGCUACCAUCGCUUGAUCUCUAUGGAGAAUUUCAGGACACCAAACUUUGCGCUGGUGUCAGAAAUCCUCAUAUGGCUUGUAAAGAGAUAUGAUCCUCACAGUGAUAUUCCCACUGAUGUCGAUACAGAGUCAGACAGAAUAUUCUUCAUCAAGGCUGUGGCUCAAUUUAUGGCUACAAAGGCUCACAUUAAGUUAAACACCAAGCGUCUUUAUCAGGCGGAUGGCUACGCAGUAAAAGAGAUGCUAAAGAUCACCUCGAUGAUCUACAAUGCUAUGAAAACCAAAGAGAUGGCUCAGGAAGAUGUAGUGGAAGAAGAUAACAAGUUUAAGUUUGACCUCAGCUCAAGGAUUUCAGACCUUAAAGCAGUUCGUCAGCUUGCAUCUGAAGUCACAUCCAAAGGAGCAUCUCUGUACGACUUACUGGGAAAAGAAGUGGACCUAAGGGCAGCGAGAAUGGCUGCCAUUGCUCGACCUCUUGAGAUUAACGAGACUGAAAAAGCCCUGAGAGCUGCCAUCAAGAAAGUUCAGGAAAGUGUGGAAAAGACCAAAGAGAUGCUGAAUAAUGUCGUGUUGGAUGAGACCAGUCUGGAUGCCAAGAUUGAAAAGAAGAAACAGGACCUGGAGCGGCAUCAGAAGAGGCUGCAGACCCUGCAGAGUGUCCGGCCAGCAUACAUGGAUGAAUAUGAGAAGAUAGAAGAAGAUCUGCAGAAACAGUAUGAGAUUUAUGUGGAAAAGUUUAGGAACCUCAACUUCUUGGAAUCUCAGCUGGAUGAAUUUUACAGACUGGAACAGGAACGAUUUGAGGAAGCUGAAAACAAUCUGAGGAUAGUGCAGCACAAACUGAGGGAGAAGGAGAGAGAUCUGAUGAGAGGAUCCUUGAAAGAUGAGGACUCUGACUUGGAUGUUCUAGAGGACGAAGGGUCAGACAGCGACCUUGAAGAAUCUCGACCCUCUAAGCCACGACUCAUCAGAAAUGGACUCAUGGCAGGGAGAGGAGGACAUUUUAUCGGUAACAUGCAAGGUGGUGACAGUGAUGAGACUGAAGAUAGUGAGAUUGAUGUGGAUGAUGAUGAUGAGGAAGACGAUGAAGGUGAAGAGGAGGAGAGCAUUGAUGACAGUUUGAACGGCCUGCUGUCGAGGGGUAACCAUCCUUCCAUAGGAGGCACAAGAUCCCCUCUGCUGGAGGAAAGUGACAAUGACUUCUGAGAUAUGAGCAGUUUCCAUGUGCCAGCUCCAGUUAGUUCAUGUUGUCACAUCUCAGAAACAUAUGUGAGCAAGUCCUAUUUACAAUAUAGCUUCUAUUCGUUAAUAUAAAUAAAGUUAUUUUAUUUUAAAA